CUUACUUGCUACUGCUCUCGCGGGUGAGUCGACCGCUGCUGACAUCUCUGCGCGAGAGUUCACCGAUAUGCUGAUGGUAGGGGACUGCGGCGACAUCUGCCGGGGACGAGGCCUGGGUGCGAACGUAAGCAAUAAGUUGUAGGUGUAGCAGUCGACGUCGAGUGACUAACCUAACCUCCGAGAGGCCGACGGGAGAGCGGAGACAGUUAUGAAUAAUCGCGAGUAGCUGGGGAGCGCAACAAUGUCGACGGAUAAGUUUCUCGACCUGGACAUCAGGAAGCUCUUCGAGGAGCACGGGAUCAAGGACAUCGAGCUGAUACAGAAGCAGAUCCAGCAUGAGAGCGACAGGAAGAAGAUCGAGCUGCGGACCCUGGUGGGGGAGAGGUACAGGGACCUCAUCCAAGCUGCGGAUUCUAUAGCUCAGAUGAAGCAGACCUCUGAGUCUGUUGUCGCCAAGAUUGUCAACAUCGAGAAGACCUUUCACGAUCUGCAGCAGAAGUACCUUAUUGGCUUCAAGAUGCACACGGAGCAUGUACAUUCACAGAGGGCUCCCAAUCAGAUCUCGGACUCUGUGGUGAUGCAGAUAAAGAUUCUCAUGGAUAUUCCCGAGCAGAUCUGGUCAGCCAUAGACUCGAAAGACUUUCUGCUGGCUACUCAGCUGUUUUUGCUAGCUCAGCAUAUUAAUUACAGUUUGAAAUUUGAAAUCGGCGAUGCCAAUUUAGCCAGCAGGUAUCCCAUAGUCUCCAAGCAGUGGGGCAUCAUUAACCAGUUCAAGAGCUUAAUAUUCAACUUUUGCAACGACGCUUUGCAGUCUGUGCACCUAUCAAAGGAGCUCGCGGCAAACUGCCUUGCAGCUUUAGUAUUACUGGAUGGGUUAAACUCAGCCGAUCUGUUGAAUAGACUGAUAUCUUUAAGAAGUCAGACGAUAAAAUCUAUUGUUAUUUCAGAAAGUGAUCUUAGCGUAAAGAAUAAGAUAAAGUUAUGUUUAAAUGUUCUGAUGGACACCAUUCCACUCAUAAGUAGUUGUUUCAUAAAAUACAGAGAUAGUCAGGAUGGCUUGGUUUCAAUGUACAUAAACGAAAUUAAAGACACAAAUGCUUUCCUCAUGUUGUCACAAUUGGAUUUGGAAGAAGAAUUGAUACAAAAAUUUCUUCCUCUGGUUGCAAAAAAUCAUAAACCAUUUGUGCAACACGAACUGAAAAAACUUCCAUUAGCUAAUGUACAAGAGAGUGUAAAUGCCUGGUUUAACUGGGUUAAGCAGUUAGCAACGAUAGAAGUUACAAAGUUGCUUAAUUUAAUAACAUCCGUAAAAGGAAUCUACAGUAUAAGGGAAGAGUGUCUUGCUGUAGAGAUACCAGAAAACUGGGAUUCAACUUGGGACGCUUUUUCUCUGCCAAGUGUGAAUUUCUGGACCGAAUUCUUUCAGCCGCUUUUAACCGCAAGAGUCAAAGGUAUCCUAAGUGAUAAACUGGACGUUUGUUUGGUGAAUCUGAAAAAGGACGUCUCGGAAUUACUCGGCAAAGUAUCGUUCGAAACAGCUCAAUACCCAGAGAAUGAUUUACGAUGGUUCGUUUGGAAAGAUUCACCAGAAGACAUUCCUCAAAAAUUAAUGGAAGGAGGAACUUUAGAUAGUAAACGACCUCUACUUCUAAAAGCCAGAGCUUUCUCACCCAACGUAGUUAAAUUAUGCGAGAAUUUCGAAAAUAAUUUAUCAGAGGUUCUGUUACAUUUGAAACAGUAUUUGUACGAGUUGGAGCAAACUUCGGCGAUGAAGGACGACUUACUCGCCGCCGAUAUUUAUUUAACUUCUAACAAAUUUUGCGACCGCACCGAGAUCCAAGAAUACUUGCAAUCCGUCAGUGGAAAGCUCAUCGACGAUUUCGUCGUUUUCGUGAAAAAUGAAUGUAUAAUCGAGAAGCCGAAAUCUGGGCGACAGGAGGUCAACGCCAUCGUCACCGCAAGGUUCCUCCAGGCUAUACCGUCGAUGUGCUCGAACUUCAAGGAGUGCUUCACAAUUUCCCGACCAACCGGCAUAACGUUGACGAACAUGAAGUGGCAAGAAGUCUGUGAUAAACUGAAACAAGAAAGUACUUUAGCGUGGUCCGUCUGGGCCAAGUGUUUCACCAAAGUCAUUCAUUACAAUCGCAACAAGUAUUUGAUCAAAGAGACGGCUGACGAGUUACGUAAUCACACGAUCAUAACCGAUUGGGAGAAAGUUAUUAUAGAGGAGGAGGCGGAAGAGGGAAAGAGGAUAAACUCGGAGAUCUUGGUCCCUUACCAGCCAGCGGUACACUUGCAAAAGUUUUUGGCGUUUGUUUGUCAGGAUCUGAACAAAGUUAUACCUCACACCAUACCCAAAUCUAUUUUAAACGUGCUGAUCAACAAUGUCGCUGUAGAACUGUUCAAUUACUACUACGGCCUCUCCACGAGCUUGGACAUCAGGCAAAAGCAGGCGAUCCAAAUAUUGUUCGACGUCAAAUACAUCAGUCUGCUGAUGGUCCCUCGGGAUAACAAGCUCCUGGUCGAGCAGUCCAAUAAAGUCUGCAAUAGCGUCAUUUCCAAGAUCGAUCCGUUCGAUUUCGACGUCUUCUAUCCAUUCAUCAAUACCAACGUCAAAAAGGGCGUGCAGAGAUCUUUGUUGAUCUUCGGCAACCUGGUGCCUCACAUGGAGCAACUGCAUUCCGUGCUAGGCGCGCGAAUAGAGCACAGCGACGGCUUCAAGUCCAUCAAGGAUCCGCCCGGCGUGCUAGCCCUCUGCUCGGGUACACCUUGGUUCCCGCCGCUCGCCGUCACUGCUCCCACCAAGAGCCUACCCGUCAUACAACUCCCAGUCCCGGAGAGACCACAGCAUCGAAGGAAGCAGCAUCCGAGCAAGGAGCACACGCGAAACGACUCGACGGGCUCGACGAUAAAAUCCGGCGCAGCCGCUUUCUUCGGCGCCAUGGGCAGCGACUGGUUCAGCACGAGCUAGUCGCAAUAUCUUCUAUUACGCUGUGCUCUCCCUCGUCCGAAAAGGAAAUUUUGUAUCAUAUACAUACCGAAGAGAAUUUGUACAUAGAGCGACAAUAAAAAAUUCGUUUGUAAAAAGGACGUA